AUGGCCGUGAGCCCAACACUCGGCACUGGGCUGUUCAAUGGUGCCGGUCAAGCCCUGGCCACCGGUGGCCCGGCUUCAUUGCUAAUUUCCUACAUAUUUCUAUCACUAUUGGCCUACUUCAUGGUUACGACUGCCGCUGAAGUCGCUACUCAUACACCCUCUCGAAAUGCAUGGGAGGUUGCUGCCGGCUUUCUUCGCUGGUAUGCCUUGGUCAUGUUUGUCCCAUACGAGAUUACGACUGCGGUGGUGAACCUCGGCAUGUGGAAUCCCGGAUCUGCAAUCGCGGGCCAACUGUCUAUCAUCACGGCCGUCGUCGUAGGCUACAAUUUCAUUCCCGAGCGAUUAUCUGGGAGUUUCGAGAAGUUGCUCACCAGAAUCAAGAUCGGCACCAUGGCCAGUCUCCUUGUUCUGUCUAUUUCUAUUGCUAUGGGUGGUGCUACUGGACAUGAUAAGUGGGGAUUUCAGUACUGGAAGAGACCUGGUGCGAUGCGUGAAUACUUGGUAAAAGGCGCGAUGGGAAAGGUCUUGGGCUUGCUACAGUGCCUUCUAACCAGUUCCGUCGCCUUCGUCCUAGCCCCCGAAAUGAUCGUUCAACGUGCUGAGUCCCCCCCCAAGCACCGAUCUGGCCUGCCGCAACGGGUGACCAUUGACGUUGCUACUACGAUUGUACCAUAUAUCUUGAGUUCCUUGGCCAUGGGAUUGAUGGUCCCAUAUAACGAUCCUCUUCUUACCAACAAUGGAACUGGGGCAGGCUUAGCCCCUUUCGUCAUUGGACUCAACAUGGCGAAAGUUCGGAUUGUCCCCGUCAUCGCAACCGUAUCGAUCGUCUUUUCCUCGGUCGUCUCCGGUCAAUCGUUUUUGUUCACUGCUUCACAUGUAUUGGUCGCCAUGUCAGAGUAUGGCCACGGACCCAAAUUCUUCCAACUCCGCAAUAGACAUGGUAUUCGUUACGUGGCCGUCACAGUGUCCGCCCUGCCUGCUCUUCUUGCCUUCAUGUCCCUCGCGGUUUCCAGCUCAGCUGUGUCGAACUACUUUCUCCUCUUCCUCAACAGCUCCGGCUUCAUGUCCUGGCUCAUUACCGCCUCUGUAUACCACCAUUACAGACGAGAAAUGAAAUUGCGAGGCAUCACCCGCGCGUAUCGGUUCGACAUCCAACCCUUCGGUACAUACUUCGGGCUAGCUGCCAGUGCUGCAAUGAUUGUGGCCAAUGGCAUCACUGGAGCGCUUCCUGGUUCUCGGGCUGAGACUAGAGUUGGCAGGCUUCUCGCUGCUUAUAUCACUCUCCCCAUGUUCAGCCUUGUAUACCUUUUCCAUCGCUUCGGGGAUGUGAUUACCUAUCGCAAUCAAGAGAGCGAAGAGCACACUGGAGAUAGCGGCUCUGAUAAUCUCACAGAUCAACCUCCUCGUGAACGAAGCCCGGUAAAUGGGCGAUCCGAUAGUUUAUCAGCGCUCGAGAUGGAUCAAAUUUGGUCAUUGGCCAGGGAAGCUUAA